GCUUCACUCUUUUGUUCCCUCUUACAAUAUAUAUAUUUGUUUCCUUCAAAUCUUAACUGGUAAGUAACUAAACAUUCCUCGAAAGGAUCUCUGCGUUAUCCUGAAAUCACAUUUUAAUCGUAACAAUAUCAAAGGCAAUCUGGACGACUGAAUCCAGAUCCAGGUUUCAACUGUAUUGUUUGUAACAACAGUUCUAUUACCUUGCUCUGCGGUUUCAGAUCUCGUGUCUUCGUUCAAUCGAUCACCAUUUUGAGCAACCAAACGGAGACUUCGACGUGAAAAGAGAAGGAAAUGAUAAAUUUACCGUGUUAAGGAAGCGAAUUAGUUUCUUAUGCUGGAUAAUAAAAUUUUAUAAUUCUGAUUUAUGAUGCCAUUUGUAAUAUUUCGUCAGUAAUUGAAAGCACUACAACUUUAGAGGUUUGAGUGUAAGAAAUGCCGGUGAAGGUAGGACAAACGUCGUUCCGGGAUAGGACUCUGGAGUUUCAGAGUGUAGCAGAGAGGCUAAAGAAGUCAGUUUCAUCUGGAUCCGGGCCAAAUGGUACGAGCGGUAGUUCGAAAACGGGUGAACAGCGUUCCUCUGCGGCACUUCAGUCUGAGUUCAACAAGAAGGCUUCUAAGAUAGGCUUUGGGAUACACCAGACUUCGCAAAAGCUUUCCAAGCUAGCAAAAUUGGCAAAGAGGACUUCGGUUUUUUAUGACCCCACAGUGGAAAUCCAGGAGCUGACAGCUGUUAUCAAGCAGGAUAUUACUGCACUGAACUCUGCAGUAGUAGAUCUUCAACUUUGUUGCAACUCUAGAAAUGAGGGUGGUAUUUCCAGUGACACCACUAGUCAUUCAACUACUGUUGUCGAUGACCUGAAGAAUCGCUUGAUGAGUACCACUAAAGAGUUCAAAGAAGUUCUUACAAUGCGAACAGCGAAUUUGAAGGUUCAUGAGAACAGAAGACAAUUGUUUUCAUCUUCUGCUUCUAAGGAUAAUGCAAAUCCUUUUGUUCGGCAGCAGCCACUGGCUGCCAGGUCAGCUGCUAGUUCUUUGAAUUCUCCUCCUCCAUGGGCUGAUGGUUCACUGACUUCUUCUUCGUUGUUUCCCAGGAAGCAGAUGGGUGGGGAGAGACAACUGUUGUUGCAGCAACAACAGCACAAUCAACAACAGCAACAGCAGCUGGUUCCUUUGCAAGACAGUUACAUGCAAAGUAGAGCUGAAGCUCUUCAGAAUGUAGAAUCAACCAUCCAUGAACUGGGCAACAUCUUCAACCAACUGGCGACCCUGGUCUCUCAACAAGGAGAGAUUGCUAUAAGGAUCGAUGAGAACAUGGAUGACACCUUGGCAAAUGUGGAGGGAGCACAGGGGGCUUUGCUCAAGUACCUCAACAGUAUAUCAUCUAAUAGAUGGCUGAUGAUCAAGAUAUUCUUUUUAUUGAUUUUUUUCUUAAUGAUUUUCCUCUUCUUUGUGGCAUAGUCAAUGUGAAGAAACAAGAAGUGAGAGGAAAAAUUUUGUGCCCUUUUUCCCUGGGAUGAGCCAUUGCUAAGUAUAAUUUGUUACUUUUUUCCUGUGGUACAUGUACUAGUCAUUGGCUGUGUAAUGUGUAUGUACUAUCAAUUGUAAGUGUACAUGGUAAUGUAUUGACAAUUGUAAGUGUACAUGGUAAUGUAUUGACAAUUGUAAGUGUACAUAGUAAUGUAUUGACAACAGCGAGAUCCCUAAAUUUUUUCCA